AUGCCUUCUAAAGGAGCACCGCGAUCGCCUUUGCAACGACCAACAUAUGGAGACUUGAUCACAAUACUAAGUAUCGACGGAGGUGGCGUACGAGGAAUCAUUCCAAGUGUUAUCCUUAGUUUUUUAGAAGCCGAACUUCAGAAAAUAGACGGUGAGAAUGCAAGACUAGCGGAUUAUUUUGAUGUAAUAUCUGGAACAAGUACUGGCGGCCUCGUGACAGCUAUGUUAACCGCCCCUAAUGAAGAGAACCGUCCCCUUUUUGCAGCCAAGGAUAUCACAGACUUCUAUCUGGAACAUUGUCCCAGGAUCUUCCCACAUGAUGACAAUCCAUUUGGACAUGCUGAAAAAGUGAUCAGAGCGCUAUCUGGACCAAAGUACGAGGGGGUUUAUCUACAUGAACUCGUUCAAGAUCUACUAGGAAACACAAAACUCCAUGAAACACUGACUAAUGUCGUGAUUCCAACGUUUGAUAUAAAACGUUUGCAGCCUACCAUCUUCUCUAGCUAUCAGCUGAAGAAAAACCCAAGUUUGGAUGCAAUGCUAUCCGAUAUAUGCAUUGGUACAUCGGCUGCACCAACUUAUCUUCCUUCACAUACUUUUGCAACCCAAGAUCCAGAAGGAAAUCUCCUUGAAGAAUUUAAUCUUAUUGAUGGCGGUGUGGCUGCAAAUAAUCCAACUUUGGUUGCGAUAAGUGAAGUGACACAGGAGAUAACGGCAGGUAGUAUGGAUUUCUUUCCAAUUAAACCAACAGAAUACGGGCGUUUUCUGGUGUUGUCCUUAGGGACAGGCUCCCCAAGAUUCGAAGAGAAGUAUGAUGCUAGCAAAUCGUCUAGUUGGGGUGUUUUUGGGUGGUUGGCAAGUAGUGGCUCGACUCCAUUGAUUGAUGUAUUUACUCAAUCAAGUGGUGAUAUGGUUGAUUAUCAUAUCUCUACCGUCUUCCAAGGCCUUCAUUCCGCUGAGAAUUACCUACGUGUUCAGGAUGACACUUUAAGUGGGGACGUUGCUUCAAUGGACCUUGCAACGAAAAAAAACUUGGAAGAUCUCGUGCAAGUUGGCGAAGAGCUAUUAAGCAAACCGGUAUCGAAGGUGAACUUAGGGACGGGCAUUUACGAACCUUAUCAUUGCACCACCAAUGAAGAAGCUCUGAUAAGAUUUGCUAAAAUACUUUCAAAGGAGAAGAGUACGAGAGAGCUUAGAUCACCAGGUGUUAAUAAUGAUGUCACAAAAAUGCAAAAUGGAUCGAUCAUAAAUGAUAAUGCCGAAUCUUCAAAGUCGAAGGGAAAACCAGCGAUGAUCACGAAUGCAAUUCCUCACUCUCUUCCAGAUUUGCACAAGCUCAAAACUGGCUGA